AUGCCCCCCUCCGCACCCCAAACCCGCAUAACCGCACUCACCCAGCACCUCGAACCCCCAGAAACAAUGUCCUCCACGGCAACCGAAGCAAAACCCCCAAUUACCUGCCACGUCCUCGACACGGGCGCCGGCCGGCCCGCCGCCAAUAUCCCCGUCACCUUGACACUACUUCCCUAUCGCGCUCAAACACCGGGUCAACAACAGCAGCAACAUCAACAGCAACCCGUGCAGUUCACAAGCGCCACCAAUGCCGACGGACGCGUCGUAUCCUGGACCCCCUCAGCCUCGACCUCGACCUCGACCUCGACCUCGACUUCCCCCAACCCAGCCCCGUCUCUGCGCGCCCUCUACACCGCUCUGCCCCCGGGCACCGAUACCCAUUGGACCCUGACAUUCACCACCGAACCCUACUUCGCCGCCAAGGGCCAAGAUACCUUUUUCCCAGAGGUCCAGGUGCGCUUCGUGGUGAGGGCGGCGCAGCGGGAACGGGGUGAGCAUUUUCAUGUGCCGGUGUUGGUGGGCGGGUGUGGGUAUACUGCGUAUCGGGGGAGUUGA